AUGUUUAAGACUAACUCUAAUGCCGUUGGACACUACAUUCUCGGCAAAACUCUAGGAGAAGGCACCUUCGGCAAGGUCAAACUUGGCACGCAUAUCCUUACGGGGGAAAAGGUGGCAGUUAAGGUACUUGAAAAGACCAAAAUUAAAGAUAAGAAAGAUGUUGAACGAAUUUCCAGGGAAAUUAAAAUCCUUAAGCAGACACAUCACCCUAACGUUGUUUAGCUGUAUGAAAUCAUCGAAACUGACAAAGAUCUCUACCUUGUGAUGGAAUUCGCUCAAGGAGGAGAGUUGUUUGACAUAAUUGUUCAGAAUCAGAGAUUGAAGGAGAAAUUAGCGUGCAAGUACUUUUAAGAGCUGGUUGCUGCUAUCAAUUACAUCCACAGCAUUGGAAUAUGUCACAGGGAUCUCAAGCCCGAGAACCUACUUAUUGACUAUGACUAGUCACUCAAGAUGGUUGAUUUCGGGCUGAGCAAUAUGUACGAGCAAGGUGGAUUACUAAAGACCGCAUGUGGUAGCCCCUGUUACGCAGCUCCAGAGGACUAAAAAACGUCAAACCUUUACAAGAAAAUACUGAGUGCUGAGUAUACAUUACCCAAGUUUCUAUCUGAGGAUGCAAAAGAUAUGAUUUCAAAGAUUUUUGUAACGAACCCGGACGAGAGAAUAGGUAUCGAGGAAAUAAGGAAUCAUCCUUGGUACAAACUCCACUAGCCUGAGUGUCAGAGUUUCAAUACUCAGAGAAAUCUGACCUAGAUUAACAUUAAGAUCGUAAACUAACUUGAGUCCCAGCUUGGAUUCAAUAAGGAAAGCUUGAUUAAAUCUAUUAAGAACAACAAGCAUAAUCAUUUAACAGCUACUUACUACCUCCUUUUGAAAAAAUUAAUGGUCAGAUAAAACAGACCUUACCUUGAGUCAUUCUUUCCUGAAUCUUUGGCAAAGUUUACAAGAGUCAAAUAGAAGCAAACACUAAGAGAAAGAGGACAAGAGGAAAACGUUAACUUAUUAGCUCCAACAGUUGAUCAAUUAGUCCUAAAAUAGCACCGAAGGGAACAAAGUCAUAAUCCAACAUAAACGGUUGAGUCGAGAAAUGCUAGAUGGCAAGCAGAGGCAGAGCGAAAAGCUGAAAGCUGUGAAAGGCCUCUAUUCGAGGAAGACUAUGAAAUAGUUAAGAGCAAGAACGUGAGAGACAACACUAACGAGGGUACAAAUAAAAUCAUAGUAGGUAGAAACUCUUUUCUGUCUUAAAAUAGCCCAGAUGUUACAAAUUAUAAAGCUAAAUUAGAUCCAUUAAAAAAUAUGUAAAAGCUUUCUAAUCCUUUAAAUAUGACUCAAUUUAAUGAAAUUGACAGACAUUAACCGAAUUCAAUAAUUAACAAUCAGAAGCAUGAUCAGUCUGCCUUAGAUUAUGCUCUAAAAUCUUCUCUUAAUAUGACUUAAAACCCAUAGAUAAUAAAGGGAGUAAGUUAGGGAGGCCAUAGAAAAAACAACAGUAUGAAUGAUCAAUUUGCAAAUCAGAUAAAGAUUAAAAAUUUCAGCCAGCAAGAGAAUAUUAAGAAUCUGAUGAAUAAUAUUGCUUUGAUAUCCAAAAAGGUGAAAGAAAGAGGCAGCUCAAAUGACGGGAAUAAAGAGCAAAGAGAAGUUACUAUUAAUUAUGCUAAGAUGAACUAAACUUUUUCAUAUCAGCCAAAUCCAGGAAUGGCUAUCGAUACCGAAAAAAGCCAAAAUCAAACCAAAGAAAAUAACUCAAGAAACUCAACUAAUAGAAAUAGCCAGAGCUUCUUUAAAACCAAUUCUAAUAUUAGAAAAGAUUCCGUAUUUAGCUCCAAGUAGGGUACUAGACCUUACUCAAAUGGUGGCUAAAGUCAGGAUAAGAAUUCACAGUAUGGACAGACUACCACUGCUGGCACUAGAACUUAAAAUAACCAAAGCCCACAGAUUGAUAAUAAUAAGAUUUUACAAAAAUAAUCUAAGAGUACCUAGAAGCCUGGGCAUAUUACUCGAUCAAGAGAUCAGAAGCAUGUCAUUGAUAACUCAAUAGAUAAUCUAUCAGGUUCAUUUAUUGGAAUUUAAUAGUUUCUAGGUCCUCAAAGAAAUAACAACACUAACAUUUAAAAUUUGAAUGAAAGCAUUUUGCUUUAAUAUUCAACGUAAAAUUAAAGUAUUGCCUAAUAAAUUGAAAGAAAACAAUAAAGAAGAGCUUCCAAUAAUUUAAACUUUAAUCCCAAUUAAGCUUAAAUCCAAGCUGCUUAGCCCUAUAAUGGACGUAAUAACUCUCAAAUAGUUUUUAAUCAAAAUGUUUAAAACUAUAGUACUACUGUUUAAAACAGACCUUUGAAAACUCCAAUUAAUGCUCAAGAAAUCGGACUGAAUAUUUCAGAGUUAUAUAAUCACUAUCAAGCCAAAUAAAGGUAACAGUAAAAGCAAAUAUCUCAGAAAGCGAAUCAGUCGUUUUACAUUCAACCUAAUAAUAAUGACCCUAUACUAGUUGAUUAGAAAAAUAAGACCUUCUAUCAAUUAAACAACAACUAGGUACUUGAGCUCUCAAAGAAUAAAAUAGUAUUCAACAACAAUAACUUAUCAAACCCUCAAAAUACUGUGUCUGGAGGCAUUAACAAUAUUAACUAUAAUAAUGUCUCAGGAAAAAAAGUCUUUAGCCCAAUUAGACUCUUAUAAAACUAGAUGCAGAACUAAAAUAUGACUGUGGGCGGAAAGGGAUAUCACAGACCUUCUAAGACUUAGUUUAAUGGAAGCCGAAAUUUUGAUUCUCUGAAAAAUGUAAGUAAUAACACUAAUAUGUAAGGAGUGGUUCCACCUCCUACCUACAAAGAUUAAUGA